GGACCAUCUUGCUUUUUUAUCUUGCUUGGAGUUUGCCGUUUUGAACAGUUUAUACGAAGAAAAAAAUUUUAAACCAAGGCAAGUCAUAUGUCUUGAAAGUGUUUAUCUUCAUAAUGAUGUUAUGUGUGUUUUGCCGACGGGAUACGGCAAGUCCCUAGUUUUCCAUCUGUUGCCAAUGCUGUUGUAUGCCAAGAUCAAGUUGCGUGGCGAUUUAAUUUGUGGUUGGAGGUCAAGGGGUUUGACUGCGGCUGUAGUUGACUCGAUUGUAGUCGUUGUCUCUCCUCUAAAUUCUUUGAUCUCUGAUCAAAUAUCCCGUCUAAAUAAGAGUGGCAUCCGGGCGUCUGUCUUAACGGUGAAAGAGUCGAAGGAUGAACGAAGUCAACGAGGGGAAGAAGACGAUUCUGAUGAAAUGGGAAACAUUGAGAUUAAUUUCUGCUUUUGUGAAGAACAAAUGUUACGCGAUGGCUGUUAUAAUAUUGUUUUUGCACAUCCAGAAGCAUUAAUAUCCAGCAAGUACGGUCGUGAUUUGUUGUUAAGCGACAAAUAUCAGGAAAAUGUUCGUGCGAUUGUUGUGGACGAAGUCCAUUGCAUUAUUGACUGGGGAAACGACUUUAGAAAGGAUUACAGCAAGUUGGGAGUGCUUUGUGCCCUUUUUUCAGACGUCCCAGUUCUUGCAAUGACAGCAACUGCAAGUCAAACUGAUAUAAAAUAUAUCCGGGACUCAUUGGGGUUGAAAAAGGUGAAGUGUAUAAUUGGCAACCCUGACAGAAGAAAUAUAUUUUAUCAAAAAAUAUUUCAAAGUGGGAAAGAUGUUGAUACUAUCCACUUAAUUUUAAUGCCAAUUGCUACCGCCCUGUUAAAGAAAAAGAUUGAAUUUCCUUUAACAAUUGUAUAUGUUCCAUUGCGCUUGUGUGGUUUUGCAUACAAACUGUUUGAACAUGUUCUUGGCAGUGAGCAAUAUUAUCCUACUGGUUCACAUAGACCAGCAAACAGGUUGUUUGCACAAUUCCAUGCUCCCCAAACAGAAGAAAUGAAGAAAGAAAUAUUGAUGCAACUUAGUUCUGGAAGAAGUGUUGUCCGUGUUGUAUUUGCAACAGUAGCUACUGGGAUGGGGGUGGACAUACCUAACAUCCGCCAGGUGGUACAUAUUGGUCCUCCAUGCUCUGUAAAAGCAUACUUCCAAGAGACUGGACGUGCUGGCAGGGAUGGACAGCCUGCAUCAGCUUAUUUGUAUUACUGCAAUAGAGACAUUGCAAAGAACAAAGUGGGGAUGCAAGAUGAUAUGCGUGAGUUUUGUGCCAGUUCUGAUGUAUGCCUCAGAAAAUUAAUGCUAAUGUCACUGGAUUAUGAACAAGACUUUUAUAUAAAACCAUUGCAUCUUUGUUGUGGCUCCUGUAAGAAACACUGUAAAUGUUCCAGCUGCUUGCAAGUAUUAAUGUAA